CUCCGGGCCGAUAGGCCCCGCCCACUUGAGCACUGGUUUGAGGUGACGGUGUGGCUCUACCUGCUGGAUGUGUUACUCUCCGUCGGUCCCGUAUGUGCGUGAUUCACCUGCUCAAACGCUCCUGAGGAUCCGCUGAAGUUUAACACGGUCGGUCUGGAAGUGUGUUAUUCCGGGCUGGAUGAGUCAAUGUCUCUGUUCUGGACAUUUAAUCUGAUCACUGCUGGAAUGACACACACACAACUCCAUAACCAGCAGUCACACUCUCCAUGAACAGGAACUGGUGAGACCGGUGCAGGAGAUCUACAUGAUGGAUGAAAUGGCUGUGAAUGAGUCUAAUGUGAAAGUGGCGGUCCGGGUGCGACCCAUGAACAGGAGAGAACGAGACUUAAAGACAAAAUGUGUUGUGGACAUGGAAGGAAAUCAGACCGUCCUGUACCCGGCCAAUGGAAACCUGGGAAAGGGCGACAGCAGGAGUAGACCAAAGGUUUUUGCAUAUGAUUAUUGCUUCUGGUCUAUGGAUGAGGCUGAGGAAGCCAAAUUUGCAGGUCAGGAUGUGGUGUUUCAGUGUCUUGGAGAGAGUCUUUUGGACAGCGCUUUCCAAGGAUACAACGCCUGUAUAUUUGCAUAUGGGCAAACAGGCUCAGGAAAGUCGUACACGAUGAUGGGAGCGGCCGAGCAGCCGGGUCUGAUCCCGCGACUCUGCAGUUCUCUGUUCCAGCGCACCAUAAAGGAGCAGAGGGAGGGCGAGAGCUUCACUGUGGAGGUGUCCUACAUGGAGAUCUACAACGAGAAAGUGCGAGAUCUUCUGGAUCCCAAAGGGAGCCAGCAGGCGUUGAGGGUCCGGGAGCAUAAGGUGUUGGGGCCGUAUGUAGAUGGUCUGUCCCGCCUUGCUGUGACCAGCUACAAGGACAUCGAGUCUCUGAUGUCGGAGGGGAAUAAAUCCCGCACUGUGGCGGCCACAAACAUGAACGAGGAGAGCAGCCGCUCGCACGCCGUCUUCAAAAUCAUUCUGACACACACGCUCAGAGACCUGAAGACUGGGACGAGUGGAGAGAAGGUGAGUAAACUCAGUCUGGUGGAUCUGGCCGGCAGUGAGAGAGCUGAUAAAACUGGAGCUGCAGGAGAAAGACUCAAAGAAGGCAGCAACAUUAACAGGUCCCUCACAACUCUUGGACUGGUGAUUUCUGCAUUGGCGGAGCAGGGCGCAGGAAAGAACAAGAAUAAAUUCGUUCCUUACAGAGACUCCGUGCUCACAUGGUUACUGAAGGACAGUUUAGGAGGCAACAGUCGCACCGCUAUGGUUGCAACGGUGAGCCCAGCGGCCGACAACUACGACGAGACUCUGUCUACACUACGGUACGCCGACCGGGCCAAAAGCAUCGUUAAUCACGCUGUGAUUAAUGAAGAUCCAAACGCCAGAAUCAUCAGAGAGCUGAGGGAGGAGGUGGAGAAACUCCGCAGUCAGCUGACCAAGGCUGAGUUAAUGAAAGCUCCUGAGCUCAAAGAGAGACUGGAGGAGUCAGAGAAGCUGAUCCAGGAGAUGACCGUGAGCUGGGAGGAGAAACUCAGGAAGACUGAGGAGAUCGCACAGGAGCGACAGAAGCAGCUGGAGAGUUUGGGAAUUUCUCUGCAGUCGUCUGGGAUCAGACUCAUUGAUGAUAAAUGCUUCCUGGUCAACCUGAACGCAGACCCCGCCCUCAACGAGCUGCUCGUCUAUUACUUAAAGGAACACACUCGUGUGGGUUCUGCAGACUCUCAGGACAUUCAGUUGUGUGGUUUGGCAAUUCAACCGGAGCAUUGUGUUAUAGACAUCAAACUAGAGACGGGAGUCACGCUCACCCCGAAGAGAAACGCUCGCACAUGUGUGAAUGGUGCUGUGGUCUCGUCUCCCAUCCAGCUGCAUCAUGGGGAUCGAAUCCUCUGGGGAAACAACCACUUCUUCAGGAUCAGCGUGUCGAACGCGUAUCGUGUUGGUGUGGAGGAUGAGGAGGGGAGUAUGACAAAGGCUGGUCUUCACGCUGAGCAUCUGGAUGUAGAUCGUCUCAGUCACGCCUCCAGUGACAACAGCUUCAGUUUUGAGUCGGCACAGACCGAAGUCAUGAUGAAAGCGCUGGGAAACAACGACCCGCUGCAGUCGGUGCUUCACUCUCUGGAGCGCAGGCAUGAGGAGGAGAAGCGCUCGGCUCUGGAGCGACAGCGGCUGAUGUACGAGCAGGAGCUGCAGCAGCUGCGCAAACGUCUGUCGACAGAGCUGCAGACGCAGGGCUCUCAUCCGCAGCACCACCGCAGCAACGAGCAGCUCAACGCCAGCCUGCUCUCCUCUCAGAGCCGACUGCGCCAGUGGAGUGAGGAGAGAGAGGUUUUGAUGAAUCGAAGUCUGCGAAAGCUCAAAGAGCAGAUCGUGAAGGCCAAUCUGAUGGUUCAGGAGGCUGGAUUCAUCGCUGAAGAGCUCAACAAGAAAACCGAAUAUAAUGUCACACUGCAGAUACCGGCUGCAAACCUCAAUGCCAACCGCAAGCGGGACACUGUUCUGAGCGAGCCGGCGGUGGAGGUGAGGAGGAAGAGCAAAGGCAAGCAGAUCUGGUCCGUGGAGAAGAUGGAGAACCGGCUGGUGGACAUGAGAGAGCUCUACCAGGAGUGGAAAGACUAUGACGAGGACAACCCUGCCAUGCGUUCCUACUUCAAGCGUGCCGAUCCGUUCUUCGACGAGCAGGAGAAUCACAGUCUGAUCGGUGUGGCCAACGUCUUCCUGUCCUGUCUGCUGUAUGAAGUCAAGCUGCAGUAUGCAGUUCCUAUCAUCAACCAGAAGGGGGAGGUGGCGGGUCGGCUUCACGUGGAAGUCGAGCGUCUGAGCGGAGAACUAGAGGAGCAUGAGACGGGAGGCUCUGAGAUCAGUCCCGACGGCGAGACGCAAGAACGCAAACUCACCUGCAUGAUCAAGGUGUCGCAGGCGACAGGAUUGCCUCUGCACCUCUCAAACUUCGUUUUCUGUCAGUAUCAUUUCUGGGAGCAGCAGGAACUCGUGUUUAUCGCCCCUGAAGUGGGUCUGACGGCCCCCAGCAGCAGAGAGCCGCAGAGUCUGGUGAUGUUUGACAACUGCAAGACUCUAGAAGUGGCCGUAACCGAAGACUUUCUGGAUUUUCUGAUGGAGGGCGCUGUGGCGGUUGAGGUUUAUGGUCACAAACAGGCAAAUCCGCGCAGGAACCUGGCUCUCUGGGACCUGGGCGUGAUUCAGGCAAAGACUCGCUCUCUCAGAGAGAGGUGGAGUGAAGUGACCCGCAGGCUGGAGCUCUGGGUUCAGAUCCUGGAGCUGAAUGAUGCUGGAGAGUUUGUGCCGGUGGAGGUUCAGUCAGCUAAGGACGUCUGUGCAGGAGGAAUCUUUCAGCUCAAACAGGGUCAGUCCAGGCGUGUUCAGGUGGAGGUGCGUUCGGUCCAGGACUCCGGCACCAUGCCUCUGAUCACCGAGUCUGUGCUCAACGUCUCCAUCGGCAAUGUGGAGGUCCAUCAGACUCGAACUGGGAAAAGCACAGAGACCCAGAGGGUGGGAGAUAAAGAUGUGGACAGUUAUCAGGAGGUUGAUCUGGAGAGACUGAGAGCUCGGUGGCUCACGGCUCUAACUGAACGACAGGAAUAUCUGGACCAGCGUCUCCAGAAACUUGUUGGCAAGCCCGAUAAGUCAGAAGAGGAUGUGGAGAGCGAGUCGCAGCUGCUGGAGUGUCGUCUGACGCUAACGGAGGAGAGAAACUCUGUACUGGUGCCCUCUGCUGGCAGCGGGAUCCCAGGAGCCCCGGCAGAGUGGGCUCCUGUGCCAGGAAUGGAGACGCACAUCCCAGUCAUCUUCCUGGACCUCAGCGCUGAUGACUUCCAUGAUCAUAUGUCCACUCCUCUAGCUGGAGGUCUAGAUGCUGAGCUCAACAGAGAAGUUAAAGAUGAUUUCAUGGACUUACAGAUAGUCAAACACUGCGAGAAUGAGGUGAAGGCAGAGGCAUCAUGGGACUGCACCAUUCAUGAUAGUCCUGAGCUGAAUCGAGCGACAGGGCCGGAUCACAGGAUUUACCUCACCAUCCGCACCGUGGUUCUGCUCAGUCAUCCCGCACAAAUGCAGCUGGUCCUGCGCAAGCGCAUCUGUGUGAACCUCACCGGACGACAGGGUUUUGCUCAAAGUCUGCUGAGGAGAAUGUCUCACCGCAGCUCAAUUCACGGCUGUGGAGUCACGUUUGAGAUCGUAUCAAAUAUCCCAGGGGAAAUUCAGAGCUCUGAGGACAGAGAGAUGCUCGCCCGACUGGCCGCCAGCACCGACAGCCCAGGAGCCGACAGUGAAGCCGCCAUCGAGAAAUACCUGCGGAGUGUGUUAGCAGUAGACAACAUCCUCACGCUGGACCGUCUCAGACAGGAGGUUUCGGUGAGGGAACAUCUAUCAGAUAAAGGAAAGAUUUCCAGACGCUGCCUCAGUUCACCAAAUGUACACCGGCUCUCUGGCAGCAGGAAAGAUCUGUCCACCAGCCAAGACUCAGAAGACAAUAAAAGUGGUUGGGACAGUCGGCAGGAGAUUUCUGUGCUAACAUCAGCCACAAAGAGUCCAUCUCACUCAGCGUUGGUACAAAACCAAAAUUCAGAGCCAGGUAACUGUCCUCAUCCUCUUCUGCUGUCCACCUUUCCCUUCGCAGUGAAAGCUCUAGUGUCUCCAGUGCCCAAGAUGUUCAUGUCUCUGUUGUCCAAGAAAGAGGAGAAGAAAGAGACACCUCCUGCUGCCUUUGAGCAGAAUGUGCCACGUAUUGUUGUUCAGUCUGUCAGUCUUGAAGACAUCAACAGCUAUGAACUGACUUCACAGGCUCCUUCAAAAGACAGUACUCAAGACAGCCAAUCAGAAUCUGCUUCCUUUGUGCCCAUAUUUCCGGUUAUUCCUGAUCAAGUAGAGACCACUGAAGCAUCCACCAUAUCUUCAGAAACCACGUCUGACAUCCAGAUAAGCCAUGCUAUGGAAACUCCAAUUUCAGAGAAUCCAGAGAGUGUUAAGGAGAUUAUGUUGCCUCAUCUUCCUCAAGAAGCUAAAGAAGUUCCACCUCUUUCUGUUCCUCCAGUGGUUGAGGAAGUUCUACCAUCUAAUCUUUCUUCAGAAGUUGAGGUUCCACCUCCUAAUCGUUCUGCAGAGGUUAAGGAGGUUCUACAUCCAUCUGUUCCUCCAGUAGUUGAGGAAGCUCUACCUUCCAACCUUUCUUCAGAGGUUGAGGAGGUUCUAUCUCCAUCUGUCUCUCCAGUGGUUGAAGUUCUAGCUCCUAAUCUUUCUCCAGAGGUUGAGGUUCCACCUCCUAAUCCUUCUGCAGAGUUUGAGGAGGUUCUACAUCCAUCUGUUCCUUCAGUGAUUGUGGAAGUUCUACCAUCUAAUCUUUCUUCAGAAGUUGAGGUUCCACCUCCUAAUCGUUCUUCAGAGGUUAAGGAGGUUCUACAUCCAUCUGUUCCUCCAGUAGUUGAGGAAGCUCUACCUUCCAACCUUUCUUCAGAGGUUGAGGAGGUUCUAUCUCCGUCUGUCUCUCCAGUGGUUGAAGUUCUAGCUCCUAAUCUUUCUCCAGAGGCUGAGGAAGUUCUAUCUCCAUCUGUUUCUGCAGAAGUCAGAAAGGUUCCACCUCUUUCUGCUUCUUCAGGAGUCAAAGAGUCUCCACCUCCUACGGUUCCAUCAGAGAUUAAGGAGGUUCCACCUCCUGCUUCUGUAGAGGUUGAAGACCCCAAGCAUAGCCCAGUUGGUGAUUCAACAAACAGCUCCAUCAGCGAUGUCUCAAGUGGAUACAUCUCCACAAGUGUCUCCACAGCGACUCUCUCCGAGUGUGCGGUCUCGAAUGUUGACCCUCUUCUCCUUAACAGCACAGAGGCCAAAAUAGACUCUACUUCCAAAAAGACUGAACCAAAAACAGAGUUUGUGCUAACAAGCAGCACAUCCCCAGAGCAUCAGUCAAAACUUGAACCAGCUGACCUAGAACUUGGAAAACAGACACCUACAGAGUCCCAAACAUCAGAAGAACACGGUCAAGUGUCUCCUGUAGAUACAUCUCCUCAAAAACUCCUUAGUGUUUCUGAUUCCUUACUACAGGAAACCUCUGAAGCCAACGUCUCUUCAUCUCGUUCAGCCGCAUCAGUACCAUCUACACCACUGGCACCACCAGCUGCCUCAAAACCAUCUGAUCCAUCAGUACCAGUGAAGACAGCUAAGACAUCAACGCCUGCCCAGCAAUCAAGACCUGAACAAAACGUCAAACCCACUCCUGCUCCCACCUCCAACCCUUUCCAAAUCCACAAAGUCAAGACCUCCGGCCUUAAGUCUUUCAAAGGGAUCCUGCGUGAAGAAGAUGAAGAGGGCAAAACUAAACUCAGUAACUCUUUAUCUUCACUGAGUGAGUCUCAAGAAAGACUGGAGACCCUUUCGGAUUCAGAGGAAAGCCUUGAGACUCCCGACUGGCUGAAAGAGGGGGAAUAUGUGACUGUGGGCACAAAUAAAACUGGAACAGUCCGUUAUGUUGGACCGACUGACUUUGCAAAGGGCGUUUGGGUUGGAGUGGAACUUGAUGUUCCAGCAGGUAAAAACGAUGGUUCGGUUGGUGGUCACCAUUACUUCCACUGCAACCCUGGUUACGGCGUCCUCGUGAGACCAAAUCGGGUCACGAAAGCGGCAGGUACCGCUAAACGGUCAAGGCAGAAACGCAAGCAGAACCUCUCAGGAUCUAGUCCCAACCUAGCAGCCCUUACAGCGAUGGCCAAAGGAGAAGCUGGAGCACACAAGGGUGAAAACAGGAAGUCUUGGAUUAGCUGAAGAAAAUGCAUGCUUGUUGAUGGACGUGUACGGAGGACAGUAUUGGUAUGGCACUGAAACACUACACCGAUACUAGCAGGGAUGUAACUGCCAUCUGAUUUACUAAUGCGUAUCUGCACUACAUAGUGCCUAGUGUUCGAAAAACCCAUGUUUCAAGGCAUAUUUUCAGCCUCAGUAAGCAGUAUUUUUGGUAUUAUUAUAUUUUUAAAUGUUUUUAAUAUCACAAAGUGCCCUGUUUCUCUCAACCCAAUGUCAGGGAGCAUGUGCAUGUGUUGGUUCCCUAGAAAAAUCAGCCUACUGAUGGAUUCACUUGAGUGCUUGAUUUCAUGGUUUUACAUACAGGAGGAAGGUGGGAUGGGUUUUACUUGUGGAGAUUAAAAGUGCCAGACGGUUUUAUUCAUUAAUGCCUGUUUUUAGUGUUGUUAUGGUGAGUUAGUUCUGUAUUUUCUGUUGGUUUGGUACCUCUGUAUUAUUAUUGGGGUUCUUUUUUUCUUCUGCUUCUUGAAUGAGUAAUUUAUGAUCAAAUUGUCAUUUGUUUAUUUAUUUUGCAGAUCAAAGUAAUGACAAAAAAUAAUAAUGUUGAAGAUUUUGUAUUUCAGUGGUGAGAGUAAUAAA